CGCGCGCGAGGGCGCUGCUUCGCCCUGGCCGAUCCGCAUCGAGGAUUGCCAAACUCUAGAACAAACGGGAUGGAAAGAACGGGAGCAAACACUCUCUUCACGAUGUCUCGAAUCAACGAAGGAAGAAUUUUGAAUGCUUUGAUGCUGGAAGGUAGAGCCAAACGUUUUUUAUCCUAGUGACAAAACCAUUCGCUAUGCUGUCCAGGACUUCUCUGGAUCCUAAAGUUCUCACAGCCGAUACGAGAACUUAUGGUACUACCGGCAACGCUCAUCAGCUCGAGAGAAGCGCUUGCCUCGCGGCGCUAAAGUCGUGCUCCAGAGCUAGAGACGUCGAAAGUGGCCGGCAAAUCCACGCGAACGCGAGAGAAAGUGGUGUGGAUUCGGACUCUCACGUAGCCAGUAGCUUGGUGGCGAUGUACAUGAAGUGUGGCAGCGUGGUGGAAGCACAGCAGGCCUUCGACAGGAUUCCUCGCCCCGACGCAGUGUGCUGGAACGCUUUGAUCUCGGGCUAUGCGGAGAAUGGCGAGGCCGAGGUGGCCUUGCAGCUCUUUCGAUCGAUGCAACAGUGCUGCGGAGCAAACUCACGAACUUUUGCCGCUGCGCUCGCUGCGUGCUCCACUCUCGCAGCUGCCGAAGAAGGCCGGAAAGUUGAUGGGAGGAUGGUGAAAGUUUUUUCGCUGCAACGAGGCAUGGAAGUUCAUCGUCAGGCCGAGGCUGGGAUGGGAAUAGAUGCUAUCCAUCAAAACGUCUACGUGGGGAAUGCUCUCAUCGACAUGUACGUGAAGUGCCGGAGCAUGGUGCGUGCUCAAGAGGUUUUCGACAGGAUGAAAACUCGGGAUGUGAUCUUGUGGAACGUAUUGAUGCUCGGCUACGCACAGGGUGGUGAGAACGAGGAGCUAGCUCUCGAGAUGUUUACGAAGAUGGUGUCGUGCCGAGGCUGUCAGCUCGAUAGCUGGAGUGUUGUUGCUGCUCUCAAGGCCUGUAGCAAUCUCGCAGCCAAGGAAGAAGCUCGGAAUCCACAGGAGAAGCUCAGGUUUCUAGUCACGGGUGUGGCGAUCCACGGCACAGCCGAGAGACUGGGAUGUGACUCAAACAUAUUCGUGGCCAACGCUCUUCUCAACAUGUACGCAAACUGUGGAAGCAUGGUGGAUGCGAGGAGAGUUUUCGAUAAGAUGCAGCGCCGGGAUGUGGUUUCCUGGAACACGAUCAUCCUGGGCUAUGCUGAGAACGAUGAGGGAAAGAUGGCCCUUCAACUCUUUGGAGAUUUGCUACACUCUCGGUGCUGCGUACUGGACAGGCUGACUUUGGUGGCUGCGCUUAAGGCGUGUUGUACCCUCUCGAGUCAAGAACAGGGAAGGCAAGUCGAUGGGAAGAUCGUGAAGCUGAGUUCGCUGGAAGCAGGAAUGGCGGGGCACUCGCUGGCAUCGGAGCGAGGCUCUGAUCUGGAAGACUUGUACGUGGCAAACUGCUUGGUCGACAUGUAUGGGAAGUGUGGGAGCAUGGCCGACUCGUCCCACUCGGAGGCUUCCAGCUUCGUCACAGCUUCGCGGUGAACAGCCAUGGUGAUUUCCAAUGCUCUCAUUCGAUCGUUUUCCUUGUUCUUAGCUGCAAGACUGCCGCAAGCCUUGAAAGCCGCGACGACUGUCAAGCUGGUUGGAGAAAUACCACCAUCGCCACCUUCGCACAAGAGAGCCUCAAACAGCUCUAGAGCAGCCUCACUUUCGUCGUUCUGUGCGUCUCCCGAGAUCACUGCGUUCCAGAUAACAACGUUUACGUGACGAGCAGCUUGAUCGAUGCGUACGCCAAGUGUGGGAGUCUGGCGGAUUCCAGCAAAGUUUUCUCGAGCAAUACCGGCCAGCUUCGCAACGUGGUCUCGUGGAACGUCUUGAUCCUGGGCUUCACGGAGAACGCCGAUGCUAGACGAGCUUUGAGGCUGUUCCACAGGAUGAGACGUGAAGGCUGCCGACCAAACGCAUCAACGUACGUCGCGGCGCUGAAAGCUUGCAGCAACAGUAUUCCUUCGAGUCUAGGCUUUGGGAGCGAAGUCAAGGCUCUGAUCUACCGUGGAGGCUUUGAGGAAGAUGGAGAUUUGGCUGGAUCCCUGGUUGACUUUCACGGCAAAGCGGGAGACAUGGUUUCCGCUCGCCAGGUAUUUGACUCGCUACCGGGAGAUGGUGACGAGGCCUGGAGUGCGCUGAUCACCGGAUACGGCAGGCAAGGGGACGCAAGCCAAGCGCUGACGCUGUUUCACGAGAUGGUAAACUCUGGCAUAAAACCGAAUGGUAUCACAGCUCUCGCAGUUCUAACCAGCUGCAGGGAAGAAGUUCUUCCACGAAAUGCCAUCCAGAUACGGCAUCGUCCCCGAAGUGGAACACUUCCACUGCGUUGUCGAUCUUCUCAGCAGAGCUAACCAGCGGGUUCAAGGCGGAGUGGAAUCCAGGAGUGGAGACGCUACGCUUGUCACGAAGCAAGAAUGGGCGUCGUGAUGCGUGAAAGCUCUCCCGUUUCGUUUCAUGUCUCCCAGUCUGCAGAGUCUCAAAUUCUGCUAAAAAUGCUUUUUUUUUUUUUUUUCUUCAGCAUCUUCUAAACAACAAAAAUGUGAAAAA